UAUGGACGCGCCUGGGCGGGCCUUGAAAUCCCGCUGCCGGCGGCCUGCGCGCCAGACGCCGCCAUGAUCAUCCCGGUGCGCUGCUUCACCUGCGGGAAGAUCGUCGGCAACAAAUGGGAAGCCUACCUGGGGCUGCUGCAGGCCGAGUACACCGAGGGGGAUGCCCUGGAUGCUCUGGGCCUGAAGCGCUAUUGCUGCCGCCGCAUGCUGCUAGCACACGUGGACCUGAUUGAAAAGCUGCUUAACUAUGCUCCCCUGGAGAAGUGAAGUCUGGAGUUUACCCUCCUCCUCUGCUGGCCAUGGACAAUCUUAAUCAUGCUGAAUUCAAACUGAGGUGUUGGGGAGGUGGGUGCAUUGCCUGGCUUUGGCCCUGUGGCCUACAUCCCCUCACCCUGGAAGAAACAGUUCAGUAAAGACGUUAGCAGAAACAACAGGUCUAACUUUAUAUAAGACCCUCAACAUCAUGUCUAUGCUGUCUUUGAGGUUACCUGGCCUGGAUCCAGUCUUUUUCCCCAGGACUGUUCUCCUUCCCCUCACCCGACUUGGGAGUCCAGUCUUAUGGGAGCCCACUGCUUCUGUUUCUCUGGGCCUUGCCCUGUUUGAUCCACUAGGUAACCCUACAGUACAAUCUUGCACUCAUUGCCCUAGGGCCUCAUCUUUUCCUGCCAGUGCUCAGGGUGGGCAGGGUAGAUGUGGCCACACCAUCCAUCCACAAGGCAGGGCCCAAGCCUGGGAGGUUACUCCUUUGGAAUACUGAAAGUGCUUGGAGGCCCACUCAAUUGUCCCACCACCAUGGUAUAGAAAUUAUUUUUAUGUGUGUGGUGUUUUGUCUGCUUGUAUGUCUUUAUAAUUGUGUACCCAUAGAGACCAAAAGUUACAGACAGUAUUGAGCUACCAUGUAUUCUUUUUGGUUGUUGUUGCUGGGAUUAAAGACGUGCACCACCAACA